AUGAGCGCAUACAACAAGGAAGCCGCAGCCUACGAGCUCGAACAGUCCAACCAAGAACCUAUCGACUCCGUCACAUCCACCGGUGCCCAGCAGGAGAAGGCCAAGAAGCGUGGCUUCAACCCUGUCAAGGUCGUCACCAAGGGCUCCCAGGCUGUUGUUGGAGGUGUUGUUGGAGGUAUUGGACAGGGUGCUUCUGCCGUCCGUGGCGGAAUCUCACAAGUCGAAAAGGGAGUGUCAAAGGCCGGUGACACUUUGGUCAGAGUCCCCGGAGUCAACUAUGGAGUCUCCUUCUUUUCCGACUACCGCAAGUUCAUGGACCGAGGCAACGUUAUCGAUCUUGCCGUCGCUGUCGUUAUUGGUGCUGCUUUCACUGCUAUUGUUACGAGUUUGGUCACGGAUAUCAUCACGCCCAUCAUCGCCCUGGCCUCUGGAAAGAACCUCGAGGAGAACUUUCUUAUCCUCCGCCACAACCCCCUCACCGAUACCACCUACUCGACAAGAGCACAGGCACAAGCAGAUCACAGCAUCACCUGGAACUGGGGAAACUUUAUCCAAACCGUCAUCAACUUCUUCAUCGUCUCCGCCUGUGUCUUCAUCAUCGUCAAGAUCUACCAGGCCAGCCGUAACACCAAAACUGAAGUCACCGAGAAGGCCUGCGAUUACUGUAUGAAGAAGAUCCCCGUCGAGGCCGUCCGCUGCCCAGAGUGCACGACUUGGUUGGAUUGGGAUGCUUGCACUAAAGUCAAGAACAUGGAACAUCUUGCUGCUGGUGGGGGGUUGAACACAACCGGAUUGCCUGGUAUGCCCGUCCCUAUGCCUUUUAACCCUAAUGGUUUGGCCGCCGGUGCUGUUUCCCAGCCUUAUAUGGGUUCGUCGAAUGGUGUUGAUUCCCUUGGUCGCUUUUAA